CAAAUUAGUCAGCAUGUAUUUUCAGCAUCUUUUCAAAAUGUUAGUAGGAAGCUUCCUGUACCAUUAUGUUUACAUAAAAGUACCAUUAACCGUUAACUAAUUCUUUGUAACAUCAACUUUAUAAAUGAUUAUAGUUUCAGGCACGCAUUAAAUAGAACAUAAAUCUUCUUGUUCAAUAGGUUAUCUUGUUUCUAAUGAAUAUACAGGGGAGUAUGAUACUAGUAAUGAACUUGUGAGAUAUCAAGAUUUAUACAAUGUGAAGAAAACUUUACUCAAUGAAAACGGUAUUUAUGAAUUAUAAUCAUCAUGAUGCAAUGGAAUUGCGCCUGGUAUCAUGAAAUAACAGCUUGAAAUUUGACAGCUGUUAAAUAACACGGUUUCUCAAAGAUUCCUACUACCUCUGCAAAUUGUACACUAAAUUCUACCAUGAUGGGGAGAUUUCGCUACAGAAGAGAGAUCAACGCUAUGUUGCUGCUAAUAUCUCUGGUAGCUAUGACAACCAUGCUGAAGUCAACCAAAAAAGAAUUAACAAUGUCUACAAACCAAUCAUGGAAAACAACUCCAAUCACAAACAUUAUACCUAUAUACUCCCAAAACAAUUCAAGUUAUCAUAUUAUAGGGGUUAACACCAUGGAACAAAAAACAACAACUAUAAUUCCACAACAAGGAUCUAAUUUAAUUGAAAAUAUGACAAUUACUGAACCUGAGAAAAAUACAGUAAAACAACAAAGAGAGAUCGAUGUUAUGGCUACUAUGACAACACAAUCAAACAACAAGGAUAAUUAUAGCAGAAUGUCAGCUUGGUCUGAGAGUGACUGGACACAAUGGUAUGAUAAAAUGAAUGAGACUUUCAACAGGGAAAUGAAAGGCAGGAAAGCUAUAAUGAAAGGUUGUUAUAUGGGAGCCAACCCAAAAGAGUGUUUCAUGAAGAAUAAUUUAUUUUGGCCAAAUAAAACCCAAGUUAGCAGAGUUGAAACCCCUAUGCUUGAUGGCUGUAAGAAUUCUAGGAGAAUGCUUAUACUACACUCCUAUGAAAGAACAGGGUCAACUUAUUUUGGACGUCUGUUCAAAGAUCACCCAGGAAUAUUCUACCUCUUUGAACCAUAUAGACAACUUGAAAUGAUAUAUAAAAUCAUGAAGUAUCCGAGGACUAACCAACCAGAGCCUGAUAUGGUGAGGAAGGAAGAGAAAACAUUGAUGGAUUACAGGAACUGUGAACUCCAAAACCUCAUAGCUUUUACAGACAAGAUCUUGACAACUGGCGUAAAUGGUUACUAUGUGUCCUCAAAUAUGCAUCCAUUUUUUGACUGCAUAAAAGCCUACCAUAAUAUGCAACAUGACAAUAUGACAAGAUCGGCUCACUACAGACUGUGUAUCAACAUUGCAAAGAACAUUUGUGAAGAUGAAACUAAGACUAAGGUCCUUCUGACAAAAACAGUUCGAGGAACAAUGGAAGGAGUGGCAUCAUUCUUAGCCAAUCAGAAAUGCACAAAUAAUAUCAAAGUUAUUCAUCUGGUUCGCGACCCCAGAGCAAUGUUCAACUCGUGGUACUCAGCAUCGUGGUCAGGAUUGAAGAAUCUCUCCAGGGAGCUACUACAAGAAAAGGUUCACCAAAUGUGCAGUCGUAUUUUCAAAGAUAUCAUAAUCAGAAAGGAUCUUGAAAGAAUCUACCCUGAUAUGUUUAUGCAAGUGCGCUAUGAGGACCUUGCUAAAUACACUCACAAAACAAUGAUUGAUAUGUUUACUUUCCUUGGAGAGCGAAUGAGGUACAGUGAUCUAUCUGGUAUGACAGGACGAGGCUCAAACGCAUCUCAUCCAUAUAAAUAUCCACAAAGUGGUGUAAUGCAGUUGAACUUGACGAACAGGAUUGAUGAACUCUGUUAUCCAUUCUAUAUAGAGGCAGGGUAUAUCCCAGUGACAGACAAAAUAUUAACUUGGAUGGAUGCGUACCAUCUUGUAGUACAAAAUGAAAAUGAAAACAAUUUCUAUCUUAUGUGACUCCAACCAAUUUCUAUCAAAUCCUCUCCUUACUCGACUUGGUGUGUCACCUUAAACUCUUGCAAAACAGAAAGAGUGAUGGAAACAGACAGAUGGGACUUUUUGUUCUAAAUAUGAACAAUCAUUAUCAGAUAG